CGGCCAGACAAACAGUCAGACUGUAUCUCGCUUGCAGUUGACAAAAGAGCAACGUCCUAGCCCUAUCCAACUAUUCCUCUCCAAUACCGCAGUUUACAUUUCCAAUCAGAAUCGAUUGACGACUUGCACGAUUAAUCCAUACGAAACAUCUAUGUCAACCUGAUUUAUACAUCAGUCCACCGUUAAAAGAUGGGUUGACCACGUACACUCUUCCAGUACAUGUGCAAAUCUCACCGUUGUCCGAUUCGACUGUUAUCAAUCGACACUCGUUGGCUUGUUUCGUUCGAGUAAUGUUUCUGUCACCCAGCAACUCAACAUGUCUCUCCUAUUGAUCCCAGCGGAGAUUCGUGCCACAAUAUUUGGAUUCACCUUUUCAGACCUCGUCGUCUGCCCUCGCCUUCUUGUCGUGAAUUCAGAGGGCGAAAGAUUGAGUGGACAGUACAGCGGGCGAGCCGAACUCAACAAGACACAAUUGCACCAGUCUAUACAAAGUCUUCCCCAUGACCAAGACAAGACCCCUCCACUUCCCCUGUCUCUAUCCCUUCUGACCAUCCAUCCGAUUUUGUACCCUGAAGCUCUCGCUAGCUUUCUCUCCGUGGCUACUAUCAAUGUUCCAUCUCACGCCCAUCACAUGAUACUCACCGACACCAACUCGCCGUUGUCCCAACACCUCCACCGCCUCUGCCACCUUCGCAUUGCGCACAAUCUCCUUCCCUCCUAUCCACCGCCAUCCCUUCUCUCGACCUUCCCACGCCUCAAGUCCCUCACCAUCACCAACAUUCGUGUUUUCUUCCACCCCCGCGAAAUGGCCAUUCUCGACCGCCACACUCCCCAACUUCUAGGUGAAGGCGGUCAUGGUAGCGAUUAUCGAGGUAUUGACCGUUCACCCGGCUUGGUGGUAUUCAGAAUCCUCGUAGCUAGUCUCCGCGAGGAAGAGGCUGAGCACAUCAUGAGGCUUUUCGCCGCGUGUCACGGGCUCUUUAUGCUGAAAUUGCAUUUCCGUGUCGCUAGGAGGAGAAGCUGGGAAGAUGGUGGCAACGCAGAGGACGAGGCCGAUGAUGAUCAAGCUGCACCGGGCGAGGGAGAUGUCGAUCUCGAUAUAGCGAGAUUGAGGAGAAAGGAAAGAGAGUUCACUUAUUCAUUCAAUGCAGACUCGAGAUCCUGA